UACCGCACUGAACGCGCCAGAGACGAUCAUGGAGCAUCGGACGCUGAGGCAACGCGAUGAUAACGCUCGACGAACAGUCAAAAACCUCGCAGCGCAUUUUCAGAAUAUGAAGAACCUGCAAGCAAAUUCGCAGACUAAUGAAAGUUACGAUAAUGUUGGCCAUAAUUUGCCUCCUCCAGUCCGAAUUACUCCAUAUUCCGGCGUGAAGCCCAAGGACACAGAUCUCAUUAGGCCGGUUGCGUUCCGACCAUAUGUUGCAAUUAAAGCGGAAGCUCGACAAACAGUUUCUUCAUCAACUGCCUACUGCAAUAGUAGCAUUAGAAGUGAUAAUUUGUUAACAAAGCGCUUGUCUAACAGUGACGAUCUGAAACGGCCUUCACAGCAAACAAAGGACGCGAUGCCGAAUUCCUCAGCUCCACUGUCCAGCAAUAACAUUCGGCCACGAGGCAUUUAUCAGCCUUCAACAAGUUCUGAAUUGGUACCAGCAUCUGCUCCGUACAUUAAGGCAAAUAAAUUCGAUAGUGAGGAGAACGAUUAUGACGUUGUACCGGAGUACAUCGAACGAGACAAAUUCUACAUUGAUGUGGAUUCGACAAGCAGCGAGAACUAUUCGUUGGUGCACUACUCGACAGGAUGUCAUCGCAAUCCAGCACCGCCGCCGCCACCUGCUUCACUGGCUACUAACAACAAUAACAGCAGUAAUAAUAAUCGUAACAAAAUCCAGCAGCACAACUGUGGCACGACAUUUGGCAUAUCAGCUACGCAGUCGCCGCAGAACAUCGUCAAGAAGUCGCAGUCGUCGCACCAAGUGUACGGCUCGAACGCGUCAUCAGGUAGUCGCCACAGCUCAGGAAUACACAUUACGCCAUCGCCGAGUGAUUCUGGCAUUGUCGAUUACGAGACAAUAAUCCGUGAUAAGGAGAACGAGUUGACAAACGUGCGGGCAACGAUGGAGCAGAACGAAGAGGUAGUGGUCCGGGUGUAUCUGGAAAAGGAAAGGCUCUGGAAGGAGCAACUCGCCGAUCUCAAGCACAAGUUACAGGUAUGUACUGUUCCAGUUUAUCAGCAUGCUCUCCUUCCCAGUCUUCAAAACAUCAGUCCCUUUAUUUUCCAUGGGUUUGUUCUCUUAAAUUUUCAACCAGCUGGAUUUUGUAGUGACCGGUCCAACUGGGAUGCCAAAAAGGAGCAUGUUUUUGACUUUAAUGGAUCAAAAAAUUCCCAUUCAGAUUUGUUUUUAUCUUUUUCGCUUUCUUUGUAUACUCUAUCAAAUCCUUCCUUGGUUCCGGUCGUACCUUAA